AUGCACCGAUUGCAUAUCACGCCACAAAUAAGAGCUUUUCAGGCAAGCCCUAACCUCAUCAGCUCGGGUUCCCCGUGGUAUUACCGCUUCCGAGUUAAAGUGCAAGGUCCACCUUUCGAAGGAGUGCCUUACCCCACAAACAUUAUUGUCAACACGGCGGAGCACUGCGAAAAGCCGGUUUCGGGUUUCCUCGAUAAUUACAUCAAGGGAUACAAAGGGACUGCAGAAAUCAUCACAACAGUCCCUGACGAUUCUUGUGGCAGACGCAAGAUUCAGCAUACGGAGCUGAUUGUUAAUGGGGUACCCACCAAACCAGGUGACUGGCCGUGGCACGCUGCCAUCUACAGACUUGAAAAUUCCAAGUUCAACUACAUCUGUGGAGGCACUCUGCUGAGCAAAAUCUUUGUAGUUACAGGUACAUCAGCUUGCAACGGCGACAGCGGCGGUGGUUUCUCAGUAUUCGUGCCUGAUGACUCGGGUACCACUGCCCCUGACGCAUCAGGUGCCUGGUACCUUAGGGGGAUCAUUUCCCUCAGCGUGUCAAGGGUCAAUGUGCCAAUAUGCGAUCCAUAUCAGUACGUUAUUUUCAUUGAUGUCGCUAAAUACAAAGGAUGGUUGGACACGAACAUGAAAUGAAAUCGUCGACAAUAGAAAUGCAGUGCCAUAGUAGAGUUAAACAGAGUAUGUGCCACAUUAAAUAAAAAUCAAAGGGAAAUAAAAGUAAAAUAACAGUGUGAAACUGUUUAUUGAAAUGAUUUAAAUAGUUUAUAAUUAAUGACUCCAUUAUUUAUUUAUUUAUUAUAUUUUUAAACCGACUUCAAAAGGUGCACCGACUUCGCGUGCGGCCACGAAGACGUAUGAGUGCUCAAAAGGCGCAGAAUUAGAAGGGCUUUAGAUGAUGUGAAAAUAUUUUAGAAAAGGUG